AUGUCGCGCGUGACGGUGUAUGCGAGCCAGGGGUCGUCGGACUCGCGGCACACGGCGCUCGAGAUGCACGCGAUUCGUAUGAUAAUUGAGCGGGAGGCGUGCUUGGAAGCGCUCCAGCAACUCGCGGACGAGUUCGCGUCGCCGCAAAGCAAGAAGGCGCGGCCGUGGAAGCUCGUCGACAACUUGACGCGGCAAUAUCGCAAGGCAAGUGUCGCGGCGGUGGAGGCGAUUCGCAAGUGGCAGGUUGGGAUCGGCGCCUCCGAUGCUGCGUUCGUCUGGAAGCAGACCAACUACCUGCGCAAGAUGUGCACAGACACAGACUUCUUCGCCACGGCGCGAGAAAUGCUGAAGGGCGUUGCAGUGCCGCUGGCAAAGAAUCCGCUCCUGGCGCCGAUCGCGUUGACGGAUCCUCUGCUGCGUGAGAACGAAGCAACUCUCCUCGAUGGACUUCGUCGAGCAGAGAAGCCUGUCGAUGACAAUGGGUCCGGGGUUGUCGACAUGGACCGACUGUGUGCUGCGCUGCGAACUCUCUUUGCCGAGCUGCAGCACGUUGAUGGAAUCGAGCGACCGUCGUCGGCCGCGGCACACGCGCAUCCGACGUCAAAGCCAAACGAAGCGAGUGUUGUUGCUCCCGGUGACAGACUCGCCGCGAUGGAGCACCAUCUCAACCAUGCCCGCCAAGUCCUGGCAACCAUGGAGACUCGGCGAAAAGAGCUCGUCGAUCAGAUGCACGUCGUUCAGGAAAAGAUGGAGAUGGCGACGUUGCCUGCAAAGGCACGGGCGCUGCAGACCAAACACGCUGCAUUGAACAACGAGCUCAAGGCGUUGAUGGGGGACAAGUACAAGCGGCGGAACGAGCUCAUGCGACAGGAAGCGACGUUCAAGAUGCAGCAGGGGAAGAAGCAUGUCAAGCCGAUAGCGAGUGUGGUCGAGAAGGAGCUCCAGGACGUUGUCGAGGCCGACCGACUGGCGAGGGAGCAACGGCUGGCAAUGCUCGUGCCAUCCAAGGCGUCUCUCGUGACAAUGAACGAGACGGACGUGUUUGAAUGGGUCAAAGGACUUGGGCUCGACGCGGCGGCGGAGAAGCUUCGGCGCAUGGGCAUCGAUGGACGAUUGCUUGCCGUGAGCACGGAUGCCGACUUGCAGGAGCUCGGGAUCGACAUCCGUCUCCACCGAGUCAAAAUCCUUCGCGAGGUCCAUGCUGCGCGCGACGCGUCUAGAUGA